AUGCGUCAACUCUCCGCUCUGAUUGGCGGGUGCGAGUGCGGAGGCGUGCACCGCUUACUUAAGGCUGACCCAGCCAUCGACAUGCAUUCUCAUUGCAUACGCUUGCAUGCUUGCACUGGUUUAGUAGCCUCCCUCACUAUGCCAGUGACAGUUCAACCAAGCAGCUUUAUUCCCACUGGAACCCAAAAAACUAUGUGUCAUUUUAACUGGAUAUGUUGCUGCCGAAAGUCCCUGGCAAGGGAAGAUUUGCCACCCACAUAUGAUGACGACAUAUCGGAAGUUGUACCGAAAGAGUUGACAUCAGUUUGGUCCGCCUUUCCUGCAAUCCUCUCAGGGGAUAAAGAUGAAGAUUGUGACGAUGGAAGUAGUGAUACUUCAGGCGACACUGAGAUCUCAGACUUCAUCCGAGGUUAUCCAUCAGGACACAAAGAGGAUAUAUAA